GAUAGAGACCAGAUAUCGUCAUGUGGCAGUAUCGGACAAUCGGCCUUUUGGCCUUAAUACUCGCAACAUGUGUCCAAGCACAAGGAGUAGCUGGUGGAGUAGAUGGAGCAAAUGAAAUAAAAGAUAAAUUCCUACCAUCGCGUUCGAAGCGUUAUAGCGGAGGCUUCGCCUCCAGUAGCGCUAGCAGUUCGGCCAGCGCAAGCUCGUAUGGUGAUGGUAGCGGUUUCUCCAAAUCCAAUUCUCAAGCUAUCGGCAGUGCUUCGGCAGGUGCACAAUCCUCGGCUUUGACAAGUGGAGGAUACGGAGGCGGUGGACAUGGCGGCGGUGGAUACGGUGGUGGUGGACACGGUGGUGGUCUAGGAGGUGGUAUCGGAGGUGGUAGCGGAGGUGGAUACGGCGGAUUCGCGGGUGGUGUUGGCGGACCUAGUGGAAUUGAUGGUGGUCACGGUGGAUUCGGAGGUGGUAGCGGAGGUGGAUACGGCGGAUUCGCGGGUGGUAUUAGCGGACAAGUUGGCGGACCUAGUGGAAUUGAUGGUGGACUCGGAGGUGGCGGUGGACUCGGAGGUGGCCAUGGUGGCGGUGGACUCGGAGGUGGCCAUGGUGGCGGUGGACUCGGAGGUGGCCAUGGUGGCGGUGGAUUCGGAGAUGGACAUGGCGGUAGUCAUGGUGGAUAUGAAAGCGGCGGCGGUGGAUUCGGAGGUGGACAUAGCGGCAGUGGUGGUUACGGAGGUGGCGGCCACGGAGGUGGAGGACAUGGGGGCGGCAGCGGCGGAUAUGGAGGCAGCGGUGGAUUCGGAGGUGGCAGCCACGGAGGUGGACACAAAGGCGGUGGAUAUGGGCUCGGGGGCUAUGGUGGUGAUAGUCACGGUGAUGGAGAUGGAAUUGGCAAAAUUAGUGGAGGUGGUUAUGGUGGAGGUGGGCCUAGUGCCGGCAGUUACAGUGGAAGUAGUGCCAAUGCUGGCAGUUAUGGAGGAAGUAGUUCCGGAGGACAUGGUGGUGGUGGUCACGGAGGCCAUGGUGAUAGCUCUGGUAGUGGUGGUGGUGGUAGUAGUGGUGUUGGUGGUGGGUAUGGCGGAGCUGGUUCUCAUGCAGGAGGUGGUGGCGGUACCGGAGGAUACGGUGGAGGUGGCUAUGGCAAUGAUGGUUUGGGAGGUGGACAUGGAGGAUUUGGCGGUGGUUCUGGCGGAUUAGGCGGUGGACAUGGAGGAUCUUUAGGUGGACAUGGAGGAGGUUUAAGUGGUGGAUACGGUGGAGGUGGACAUGGAGGUGGAUUGGGCGGUGGAUAUGGAGGUGGAUUGGGCGGUGGACAUGGAGGUGGAUGUGCUAGUGGAGGAUGCAGUACUGGUGGUGGCGGAUAUAGUAACGCUAAUGCCCAAGCUAGUGCGAGCGCAAAUGCCGGUGCUGGAAGUGGCGGAUAUGGAGGUCACGGAGGUCUUGGCGGUCACGGACCGGGAGUGGAUCUAUUCUCCCGUAUUGGUGAAGACGGUGGUACCAGCAAGAGCGGUACUGUCGAAGGAGCCAAAGGAGUUUACAGCAGCAGCGCAUCUAACAUAGACAGUACCGGUAAAGGUACUUAUUCCGUUAAAGCUGAGUUUUUAAAAAAUGAUGGUGCUAAUUACCAAAGACAGUUAUUAAUGAGUAGAAAGGAAGCAUUAUCUCAAUUUAUACAACAAAUUCAUGGUCGACCUGUUGUUGUAAAACUGAACAGCGGCGUCGAUUACAGAGGUGUACUAGCUUGUAUAGAUGGCUACAUGAACAUAGCACUUGAACAAACGGAAGAGUAUGUUAAUGGACAAUUAAAGGAUAAAUAUGGAGAUGCUUUUAUACGGGGGAACAAUGUGUUGUACAUCAGUACACAGAAACGUAGAAAUUAAUCAUGAAAUAUAAACAACUAAAAACUAAAUGUUUAUUUAAUAAGCAUUUGAAAAAAUUCAUCUUUACAUAUAUCUCUAAAUAAUUACAUUUUGACUUACUUCUAAGUAUACAGUUAUUCUAUUAUUCGAGAUGAGACAUUUUUUAUACUGUAUAAUAAACGUAUUUAUAUG